UUGGACUUUAUGUAACUGUACGGAACAUGAUGCUAACAUGCCGGUGUUGAAGUGAAGACGUGUAUUUUAUUGAAAAGUCGCUUUGUUGUUGUUGUUUUUUUUAUUUUAUUUUUUUUCUGUAACAUGGCUGUCUGUGCCUUCCUGCCCAGACUGUCCCCGCUGCUCAGAGGCCGUUUCGGCUGUAAAGUUCGGGCGUUUUCGUGCGCCGUCGCCUGCUCCCAGCUUCACAAGGUGGAGGGACCCGGCGCUUUGACGGGCAAAGUGGACCGGUUCGGUGGAGUGACAGUGAACCUAGCUGAGGCCGGACUGCCGUCGGACAUAAGCGAACAUGCAUUCAGCAGAUUGCUGCAAGACUCUUUAGUCCAGUGGAAGGCUGAGGGAAAGAUGGCGGUGUGGCUACGGGUUCCCAUCUCGCUGAGUCGAUGCGCUGCUGCAGCAGCGGCUCACGGCUUCACCUUCCACCAUGCCAAGAGCGAUCACGCCAUGCUGGCUCUGUGGCUGGGAGAAGCAGAAAGCAGACUGCCGGGGUUUGCUACUCAUCAGGUUGGAGUGGCAGGUGCGGUCGUUGAUGAGUCCACGGGAAAAGUUCUGGUCGUCCAAGACAAAAAUAAGACCAAGAACGCCUGGAAGUUUCCUGGCGGUUUGUCGGACCCAGGCGAGAAUAUCGGAGCCACCGCUGUCCGGGAAGUGUUCGAAGAGACGGGCAUUCGCUCCGAGUUCAGAUCGCUGCUCAGCAUCCGGCAGCAGCACCAGCACCCCGGCGCCUUCGGCAUGUCCGACAUGUACAUCAUCUGCCGGCUGAGCCCGCUCACCUACGACAUCAACUUCUGCACGCACGAGUGUCUGCGCUGCGAGUGGCUGGCCGUGAGCGAGCUGGCCGAGACCAGCAGCACCACGCCCAUCACGUCCCGCGUGGCCCGGCUGCUGCUGCACGGCCUGGAGCGAGGCUUCGACCGGAUCGACCUCACCAUGGAGGAGCUGCCAGCCGUUUACUCCGGCAUGUUUUACCAGCUGUACCACAGACAGCUUCCUGCUGAGCCGUAGAGCUCAGCCAGGGUGGUACGGCCCAGUGUUAAACUGGUUUAAAGGCUGGACUCUACAAGCUAGUUUGGGUUCUGCAGGUUCCGUAGUCUGUCACUUUCUCAGGAUUAGGUUCGGUUAAGUUGUAGCUGCUGAAACACGUUCUUGUGACUGGCAUGAACUGUCAUAUUUAUUAAACGUGCUCCGUUUUUAAUUUAAUACUCUUCUCUCAGUUUAAAGUCUAAAUCUGUUAAACUGAUUGUGAUUUUGCACUAAUUUUAUGUUACAGAGAUGAGAGAACGCUUUAAAAGCUUAUUUGCAUCCAUCAAACAUGACAAUUAAAUAGUCUGGAAAGUGUUCCUGCAAUAUUAAAAA